GAGUGACUUUCUUUAACUGAAUGUGAUAAUGUACUGAUGCAGUGCACAAACGCACAUGCACGCGCGCGCGCGCCGUCCCAGUCCAGGUGAUGCCUACUGCUCCAUGCCGGGUUUUCGUGCGUCCCUACGCUCAGACGGCUCGUGCAGACGGCAGCCUGUUCUCCGCUCGCUGCUCUGGCGCUGUUUACUGGAAGCCCCUCAACGCCGCUGCUUCCACCAAGUGUCUCAACCAGACUGUCUGCGAGCCGGAUCUUCACUGAGCAACACGCGAGAAUGAAACAAACUUUACGCACGCACACGUAGGGACAGAAGAAGGCAACGGCGCACGGGGAAGGAACAACUGACCAUUUUUCAUUGACCAGAACAAAAAUCUUCUCUCUUGUCCACAUCCAGUCACUGUUUUUGGUCACUACUCUGCCGCUCCUCGGGAGCUCAAGGCACAUUGCACUUGUACAGGAGAGUGUGUGGAUGGAAAGCCGCUGAGGUGCUCACUUAACACGGACUUCUAUCUUUUGAGUCUUGCCAUGGAAGUGUGGGUGAGCCGCGGGGAAACGUGCGGACUGCGAGGAGGACAAGACGACUCCUAAGUACCCCCACAUUCUCAGACCGGUGUCCCACAUCCGAGCAGGGAUCAUGCCUGAUUCAUGCGCUCUCCGCUGCACUGGACUUCCCCACUGACUGUGUUUCUGCCUGAAAUGUGCACUAUUUCUUUACUUGCAUCUGAACUCGCUUUGGUUUCUCAACUUUCUUACACGGUGAAAGGGGGUCAACGAUGAGCAUCACAGAGAAGGCCUGGCGUGGACUUGUUUAAUCCUGAACUUUUAAGCACAAACCCUGUCCACGGACCGUCAGAGCCAUGGCAUGCGCUCUGUGGAAGUUACCCACCUUCUGCUGGUUUAUCCUCACCUUAGCCCAAGUCCACUCUACAGAGGGGUUUAGCCGCGCUGCCUUGCCGUUUGGCCUGGUGCGGAGGGAGCUGUCAUGUGAGGGCUAUCCCAUUGACUUACGGUGUCCAGGAAGUGAUGUCAUCAUGAUCGAAAGUGCCAACUACGGUCGCACGGAUGACAAGAUCUGUGACGCUGACCCCUUCCAGAUGGAAAACAUCAACUGCUAUCUUCCAGACGCCUACAAGAUCAUGUCACAAAGAUGCAACAAUAGAACCCAGUGCAUUGUAAUCACGGGGUCCGACGUCUUCCCUGACCCCUGUCCAGGAACCUACAAAUACCUGGAGGUCCAGUAUGAGUGUGUCCCCUACAUUUUUCUUUGUCCUGGGACUCUGAAAGCUGUUGGUGACCCUUCAUUUCUGUUUGAAGCGGAGCAACAAGCCGGCGCCUGGUGCAAAGACCCACUACAAGCCGGUGACAAAAUCUACUUCAUGCCUUGGACUCCUUAUAGGACAGACACAUUAAUAGAGUAUUCCUCAUUGGAUGAUUUCCAAAACGCGAGGCAAACUAUCACAUACAAACUGCCCCACCGAGUAGACGGAACUGGAUUUGUGGUCUACGAUGGCGCUGUGUUUUUCAAUAAGGAACGUACACGCAACAUUGUGAAGUUUGACCUGCGGACUCGAAUCAAAAGCGGAGAAGCCAUCAUCAACAACGCCAAUUACCAUGACACAUCGCCGUACAAGUGGGGCGGAAAGACGGACAUCGAUUUGGCUGUGGAUGAAAACGGCCUUUGGGUGAUUUACGCCACGGAGCAGAACAACGGGAUGAUGGUGAUCAGUCAGUUGAACCCUUACACCUUACGCUUCGAGGCGACAUGGGACACGGCCUACGACAAACGCUCGGCUUCCAACGCGUUCAUGAUCUGUGGAGUAUUGUACGUGGUGCGGUCGACCUACGAAGACAAUGAGAGCGAAGUCAGCAAGAGCCUGAUUGAUUAUGUUUACAACACCAAGCAGAACCACGGGGAAUAUGUAGACAUCCACUUUCCCAACCAGUACCAGUACAUCGCCGCAGUGGAUUACAAUCCCAGAGAUAAUCAGCUCUAUGUAUGGAAUAAUUUUUACGUCCUGAGAUACAAUCUGGAGUUUGGCCCACCUGAUCCAGCUCACGCAGCUCCCACAUUGUCUGAAACAGUCACGUCACCGGUGCCCAUGAGGACCACCACCACCACAACAACAAGCACCGCACACAAAGCAUCCGGCAACACCACCGUCACCAGUGUCGUAAAGGGGGGCAACCGAGGAGCGGCCAAGCAACCCCCUCAGACAACGUCCCCUCCCACCACGCAGUCCGUACCCCUCCCUGUGCGCUUCUGUGAGGCCACAGAGAAGAGAGACAUCGUGUGGCCUGAGACCCAGAGGGGCAUGCUGGUGGAGCGGCCCUGCCCCAAGGGAACCAGAGGCACAGCGUCUUAUUUAUGUGUCCUCUCCACUGGGGCCUGGCACCCGAGGGGCCCUGAUCUCAGCAACUGCACCUCCCACUGGGUCAACCAAAUCGCCCAGAAGAUUCGGACCGGAGAGAAUGCAGCGAACUUGGCCAACGAGCUCGCCAAGCACACCAAAGGGCCCAUCUACGCGGGCGACGUCAGCUCCUCCGUGCGUCUGAUGGAGCAGCUGGUGGACAUCCUGGACGCACAGCUGCAAGAACUCAGGCCAAGCGAGAAGGAUUCAGCGGGGCGGAGCUUCAACAAGCUUCAAAAGCGUGAAAGGACAUGCAGGGCGUACAUGAAGGCCAUAGUGGACACAGUGGACAACCUCCUCCGACCGGAAGCGCUGAAGUCGUGGCAUGACAUGAACAGCACAGAGCAGACCCACGCUGCCACCAUGCUCCUUGACACGCUGGAGGAGGGCGCCUUUGUACUCGCAGACAACCUCAUGGAGCCUGCUAUUGUCAAAGUACCAGCAGACAACAUCAUCCUGGACGUGUAUGUGCUCAGCACCGACGGCCAAGUCCAGGAUUUUAAGUUUCCACAGUCAAGCAAAGGGGGAAUCUCCAUCCAGCUGUCGGCCAAUACGGUCAAACUCAACAGCCGCAAUGGAGUCGCCAAGCUUGUCUUCGUCCUGUACAAAAACCUGGGGCAGUUCCUCAGCACUGAAAACGCCACGAUCAAAAUGGCCAACGAGGUCUACGGUCGCAACGUCUCUGUGGCCGUCAACUCGGACAUCAUCGCCGCUUCAAUCAACAAGGAGUCCAGCCGCGUCUUCAUUAACGAGCCCGUGGUCUUCACCCUGGAGCACAUCGACAUGGAGCACUACUUCAACUCCAAUUGCUCGUUCUGGAACUACUCGGAGCGGAGCAUGAUGGGAUACUGGUCGACUCAAGGCUGUAAACUGGUGGACUCCAACAAAACCCACACCACCUGCUCCUGUAGCCACCUCACCAACUUUGCGAUUCUGAUGGCUCAUCGACAGCUGGCCGUGAACAACAGGGUGCACGAGCUGCUCCUGACGGUCAUCACUCGAGUGGGCAUCGUGGUGUCUCUGGUCUGUCUCAGCAUCAGUAUCUUCACCUUCUGCUUCUUCAGAGGCCUGCAGAGCGACCGCAACACCAUCCACAAGAACCUGUGCAUUAACCUGUUCAUCGCCGAGCUUAUUUUCCUCAUAGGCAUCGACAUGACCGAGCCCAGGAUCGGAUGUGCCAUCAUCGCGGGGAUUCUCCAUUUCUUCUUCUUGGCUUCCUUCACCUGGAUGUGUCUGGAAGGGGUCCAGCUGUACCUCAUGCUCGUGGAGGUCUUUGAAAGUGAAUAUUCUCGGAAAAAGUACUAUUACGUGUCAGGCUACCUCUUCCCUGCGAUAGUGGUCGGCGUGUCUGCUGCUAUCGACUAUAGGAGCUAUGGGACUAACAAAGCGUGCUGGCUAAGUGUGGAUAAUCAUUUCAUAUGGAGUUUCAUAGGACCUGUCACCUUUAUCAUCAUGCUCAACCUCAUCUUCCUGGUCAUCACAAUGUACAAAAUGGUGAAGCACUCCACCACCCUGAAACCAGACUCGAGUCGACUGGAGAAUAUAAAGUCUUGGGUAAUGGGCGCGUUCGCUCUGUUGUGUCUGCUGGGUCUGACGUGGUCCUUCGGCCUCUUCUUCAUCAACGAAGCGUCCAUCGUCAUGGCGUACCUCUUCACCAUCUUCAACACUUUCCAAGGAAUGUUCAUCUUCAUCUUCCACUGUCUUCUGCAGAAAAAGGUCCGCAAAGAGUACAGCAAGUGCUUCCGCCACACGUACUGCUGCGGAGGGCUGCCCACCGAGAACUCCCACAGCUCAGCCAAAACCUCCACCACCAGGACCAGUGCCAGAUACUCCUCUGGGACACAGAGUCGAAUCAGGAGAAUGUGGAAUGACACCGUAAGAAAGCAAUCGGAGUCCUCCUUUAUCUCAGGUGACAUCAACAGCACCUCCACCCUCAACCAAGGAAUGACCGGAAAUUAUCUACUAACAAACCCUCUUCUGCGACCUCAAGGCACUAACAACCCUUAUAACACCUUACUGGCCGAGACUGUCGUAUGUAACACCCCCACGGCUCCAGUCUUUAACUCGCCAGUGACCUACAGAGAGACAAGGCACUCACUGAACAACGUGGUGAGGGAUACAAGUGCAAUGGAUACACUACCGCUAAAUGGUAACUUUAACAAUAGCUACUCGCUACGCAACGGCGACUUUGGCGACAGUGUGCAGGUAGUAGACUGCGGCCUGAGUCUGGACGACGCUGCCUUUGAGAAAAUGAUCAUCUCUGAAUUAGUACACAACAACCUGCGUGCCUGUAACAAGAGCCACCCACCCCCACCACCCCCGCAGCAGCAGCAGCACCUGAGUUUACACCACCCGCCCCGUCCCCGCGCGCCCCCGCAGUACCACCACCGGCACCACACGGAGCGGGCUCCGCCGAGGGUGACUGUGGUGGGCGGCAGCAGCAGCGAGGACGACGCCAUUGUGGCCGAUGCCACGUCUCUGGUGCACGACCCUGUGGGCCUGGAGCUGGAGGCUCCGCUCAUCCCCCAGAGAACUCACUCUCUCCUGUACGCCCCCCAGAGGAAGGGAAGGGCGGACGUGGACGAGGACACCUACACCACACAGCUCACCACCACCACCAACACAGAGGACAGCCCCCAGUCCCCCAACAGAGACUCACUGUACACGAGCAUGCCAAAUCUGAGGGACUCUCCUUUCCCCGAGAGCAGCCCUGACGUGGUGGACGACCUGUCCCCGUCCAAAAGGAGCGAGGCUGAGGACACUUUCUAUAAGAGCAUGCCCAACCUGGGCUCCAGCAACCAGCUCCAGGCCUACUACCAGAUAGGCCGAGGGAGCAGCGAUGGCUACAUUAUCCCCAUCAACAAAGAGGACUGCAUCCCCGAAGGCGACGUACGGGAAGGACAGAUGCAGUUAGUGACAAGCCUUUAAAUGUAUUGAAAUCAGCCCCGCCCCCUCGUCCUUUUGCAGCCCCUGCCUCUGAGAGGACACUCCAGUCAAGCUACCGGGGCGCAGGUUUUAUUUUUAACAGAGCUUAGCAGCCCCAGGGCAUCGCCACCUUUUGGAGCCUCACCUCCCCCAUCUGCGUUGCCAUCUCGAUUCAAACAUGCCACUCGACCCACUUUGUCCUCAGACCAACAGACUCUGAUGACAUUGCAAAGUUUUAGACUGUACAUACAAUGCAGAGUGGAAUUUAAAUUUAAAGAGACAAACCAACUAUGUAUUUAAAUGUGCUGCUGCUGUUGAAUAAAUGAAUUUUAAAGUACAACAGUAAUAAACACUAAAAAGGCCAAAACAUGAAAUGGUACACUGAAUCAGAAAUCUCCCAAUCUAAAGGCUGUACAUACAUUCACCUCCAUGUUUAUGAAAUCCUGGUUUUAUUGUAGACAAACAGCACACACGGAUCAGCACACGGACUCACAUAUUCCCUCAGACUUUUAAAGGUGCGGGAAUAUGCAGGCCCAGUCACUCCCAUCACAUGAAGUUUGGAUUGUAUAACCACUAGCAAUCAAGCCCCUGGCCUUAUAUUUUCUCAACUGUACAUUUGAACUGUUGUCGAGGAAAUUGCUAAAUGAUAUAUUUUGUUGUAUUGCUAGUGUAAAAAUCCUGGGAGACAGUAAAUACGGAGAAACCUUUUACUUUCAAAAUUUUAACAUUUGAGAGACUAUUGUGUAGAAGGUGCACAUAUGUUAAACAGCGUGUUUAUGGUUUUAACACUUCAUUCAUGGUAGUAGAUUUGAGAGUUUAGGAAAAUAUGGAAGGUCCAACAAAUGGCAUACUCACCUUAUCCACUUGUGAACAGUGUUUUGCUUACGCCCAUUUAAGACUAUUGCUUUGAUUUCUAGUGGCAUUAGUAGAAUGGGACAAACAGGAUAUAGGGUGAAUUGUACGCAUUGCACAGUUUUUUUGUGUAACUUAACUUUAUACAGGAGCGACGGCAAGAGAGACUGAAACUGACUUGACAAUAAAAACGUUGCUUUGAUAAAUGUAGUUCUUCCACCAGGUUUGAACAGUUUUAAUUUAUUGAAAAACUUUCCAAAUGGACGGAAAAUGUGUGAAUAUUUUCCAGCACUGGUAUAUUUGCUGUACUGUAGCUCAUUUUUUAUGUAAACAUAUUACCAAGGGGCUCAUCACUUAAGACUGAUGUAAAUUUCAACACUUGUUUAACAAAUAAAAUAAAUGUGAGAUUUUUUGUCAACUGACAGUUUCUUUUUUAACAGUUGAAAAAAGUCAUUAUUUUGUUAUGAAUGAAGUAUACUUUUUACUCAGGUUCUAAGUAUGUCCCAAGCACCUUGAAGCAAAAUUUGGUUUUCUAGCAAUUUUAUUUAACAUUUUUGAAUUGCUGCAUAGUAGAUAAAGCUAAUUUCUCCAUCUGUGUUAGAGAAGCCAAAUCCCCAUGUGAUUCAAGUUUAAGAAUCUCAGGUAGGAAAAUUGCAUUGUAAAAUUAUG